AUGCCAACACUUUUAAAACUUUACAAUCAAAUAGACUCAGACCACCCAUUUUCAGAAAAUAUGCUAGAAGCAUAUAUCACAGUGCUGCCUAAACCGGGCAAACCACCAACCAACCCAACUCAUUUUCGCCCCAUCUCGCUACUCAAUGUUGAUCUCAAGCUCUACUCUAAGAUUCUAGCUAAUAGACUAAAUCCAAUUCUCCCACACAUAAUACAUACAGACCAAAGCGGCUUUGUGCCAAUGAGGAAGGCAAAAGAUAAUACGGUCAAAGAAAUAUUUGGCUACAGAACAAUCCAAUACCGGGAAGCACUUUGCAUUGUAGGAUAUAUUUUUUCUUUAGGAUUUCUUUGGCUUGUUUUCUAUUGGAAGCCACAGUGGAAUGUCUGGGUUUGCUGUGCCCCAUGCAAGCUGGAAUAUGCUGAUGUCAUAUUGCUUAGGACCACAGAUGAAUUUAAACAAUACACAAGGAAGAAAGUUAAAUGGAUGUGUGUUUCAGAAAUGAACUCAUUGACUGAAAUAUCAGAUCAUCCUAUCACAGUGGACGAGAAAUCUAUAAUUUACAAAGCAAUCAAGAAACCAGACUUUAAAAUUAAAUGUGUUUGGGUGCAGAAGAUGAAGUAUGUGUGGCUAAAUUCAGAAAAAAAGUUUGAAAAAAUUGGAGCACUGGAAGACAGUUACUCCUGUUCUGACAUACACUCAAGAUUUGGGACAGGUCUCACACAUGAAGAGCAAACAUUAAGGAGACUUGUUUGCGGACCAAAUGCAAUUGAAGUUGAAAUUGUCCCAGUAUGGAAACUACUUUUUAAAGAGAUAUUAAAUCCUUUCUAUCUUUUUCAAGCCGCCAGCCUUAGCUUGUGGUUGGCUGAAGGAUACAUUGAAUAUUCCAUAUUAAUUAUUGUAAUAACAUUGAUUUCUAUCGCCUUGACUGUGUAUGAUCUCAGAAAGCAAUCUGUAAAGUUGAACAGACUGGUUGAAUCUAAUAACAGUGCUAUGAUCACUGUAGGUACCUUUAAUGGUGACUGUAAUGAAGUCGAAUCUCGGCAUCUUGUGCCUGGAGAUAUAAUUGUUUUGACUGGAAAGAAGCUCUUCCUCCCAUGUGAUUGCAUUCUGUUAAGAGGCAGCUGCAUUGUGAAUGAAGGGAUGCUUACAGGUGAAAGUAUUCCAGUCACAAAAACACCUCUUGAUAAUGUGAGCAACUCUGUUCCAUGGAAAAUACAAAGUGGAGAAGAUUACAAAAGGCAUGUGCUGUUCUGUGGAACUGAAGUCAUUCAGACAACAUCAUCUGAUUCUGGAGCUGUAAUAGCUGUUGUGCUCAACACUGGUUUCAACACAGCUAAAGGAGAUAUGGUGAGAGCCAUUCUGUACCCCAAGCCCAUAAACUUUAAAUUAUAUCAAGAUGGUGUCAGGUUCCUGCUAUGUCUUAUCAUAAUAGCAGUACUUGGGUUCAUCUACUCUGUAACUGUGCUCAAAUUAAAAGGGGGGACUUUGAGGGACAUUCUUAUAAAGUCAUUUGUUGGUGCCACCGUUGCAAUUCCGCCUGUUCUUCCUGCUGCUAUGGCAACGGCUAUCAUGUAUGCCCAAAAAAGGCUAAAGAAAAAGGGGAUCUUUUGUCUCAGCCCUCAAAGGAUCAAUAUUUGUGGAAGAAUAAAUCUUGUCUGUUUUGAUAAAACUGGCACUUUAACAGAAGAUGGGCUAGAUCUCUGGGGAGUUGUUCCUUCUAUAAAUAACAGUUUUCAGAAAGUUCAUAUGUUCACCAAUGGUAACAGUUUACCCUGGGGCCCACUUCUUGGAGCGUUGGCAAGCUGCCACUCAUUGAUAUAUUUGGAUGAAAAGGUGCAAGGUGAUCCUUUAGAUCUGAAGAUGUUUGAAGGCACAAAUUGGGUAAUGCUGCCAUCUGGUGGUGAGGCUUCAACAUCUCGAAACACUUUGGUAAUUCCAGGACCAAAGUACAAUUCACCUCCGGUGCAAGGAAUUCACAUUCUACAACAGUUUCCAUUCUCGUCCAGUCUUCAGCGUAUGUCUGUGGUAGCUCAGGUGGUUGGAAGUAGUGAUCAUCUUGUUUACAUGAAAGGAGCCCCAGAAAUGGUGACACAGUUUUGCACCCCAGAAUCAGUCCCUACAGACUUUGCUAGCGAACUCAACUUAUACACACGUCAAGGAUUCAGAGUUAUAGGACUGGCGUCUAAAACACUGGAUGUCAAUAAACAUGAUGAUAAAGCCAGUUACACAAGGGAGGAAGUUGAAUCUUCUCUAAUAUUUCUCGGACUUCUGAUACUAGAAAACAAACUAAAACCAGAAACCAUUCCAGCAUUAAGUGAGCUUAACAGUGCCCUUUUAAGGACUGCAAUGAUAACAGGAGACAAUCUUCAAACAGCAAUAACUGUUGCAAAAAAUUGUGGGAUAAUACAAGAACAUGACAGACUUAUUUUAGUGGAGGCAUCUGAACCAAAUGACAAAUUUCCUGCGUCCAUUUCAUUUAAGCAGAUGAAGAAGGAUAUGCUUGAAACUACAGUAAGACGUGGAUCUCAAAGUGCCAAUGAAAACUGCAUAGAAGUAGAACAAACUACAUAUCAUUUUGCCAUGACGGGAAAAGCCUAUCAAGUUAUAGUGCAGUACUUCUACAAUUUGCUUCCAAAGUUGUUACUAAAUGGAUCCAUAUUUGCAAGGAUGUCUCCUGGGCAAAAAUCUAACCUAAUUGAAGAAUUCCAAAAAAUGGAUUAUUAUGUGGCGAUGUGUGGAGAUGGAGCCAAUGAUUGUGGAGCCUUAAAAGUGGCCCAUGCUGGUAUUUCUUUAUCAGAACAGGAAGCCUCUGUAGCAUCGCCAUUUACUUCACAAACAACAAACAUACAGUGUGUUCCCCAGCUAAUCAGGGAAGGCAGAGCAGCACUGGUCUCAUCAUUUGCUGUCUUUAAGUAUGUUACGCUAUAUGCCAUGAUUCAGUAUAUUUGCUUGAUGCUCUUAUAUUGGCAAGUGAAAACAGUGGGACUUUACCAAUACCUUAUCCAGGAUGUGGGCGUCACAGUACUUGUCUGCCUAACCAUGAGUUUAAAUCAUGCAUAUCCAAAGCUGGCUCCAUAUAGACCGCCUGCACAGCUGAUCUCACCGCCUCUACUGCUGUCAGUGAUAUUUAAUGUUUUGCUUAAUUUGGCCAUGCAAAUAUGCAGUUUUGUCUUGGUUCAGCAGCAACCCUGGUACAGUACAUCAAACUAUAGGGCAUGUGCUCCUGCAAAUGAGAACAUCACCUUUAGUCCUAACUCUACAGAAGGAGCCAGUAAUGAAACACAAGAAAGCUCUGGUUAUGAUAGCUAUGAAACUACAACAUUGUGGUCAAUAACCACAAUCAGCUGUAUAAUUGUAGCAUUUGUUUUCAGCAAAGGAAAACCAUUCAGAAAACCAAUAUAUACAAAUUACAUAUUUAUAUGUUUGCUGCCAAUCCAACUUGCUGCCUGUCUCUUUAUUUUGUUUGCUGACUAUGACAGUGUAUAUAAAGCAUUGCAGCUUGUUUGCACUCCAACUCUAUGGAGGAUUUCCAUCCUUAUCAUGCUAUUUAUUUUCUUCAUUGUGUCUUUUAUUGUUGAGGAAGCCAUUAUUGAAAAUAGAAAACUUUGGCUGUAUUUGAAAAGAUUAGUUAAAUAUUAUUCAAAGAGUCAAUAUAGGAUAUUGUACAGAAAGCUACAGAAUGAUCCAAUCUGGCCCCCAGUUAACGACACUCAAUAUGCUGAUGCUGCUCAAAUUGAAGUCACAAAUGAAGUCUACUGCAAUGAAGGAUUUGAGAAUGAUGAUUUUUAAUUUGUAUUAUUAUUAUUGUUUUUUUUCUGUAGUGAAAAAUACAACUUUAUUUUUAUAAACUGAUACCUGAUAAAUAUCUACCAUUUUCUAUUUU